UGGAAAUUGGGAAGGACAAAUUGGACAAUUGGAAAAGAAGAUCCGAGAGAGAAGCAAAGCAGAAGAUCCGCGCUCCGUGGUUGUGUAGGCCAUAGGGUUCCUGACCAUGGAAGAAGCCAAGCCCGUUCAAAUCUCAAAACCAAAUUCCACUGCUGCCGAUCCUCCACCACCACCACCGCGAAUUCUCUCCAACAAAAGAAAGCUCAGCAGCGUCGACCUCCGCACCUCUCCAUACUUCAAAAUUCGCGCCCUUGUUCGACAACUUCGUCCCCAGUUCAUCCAGGUACUUCAGACACCUGACUUUCGGAAUUGCAAGGCAGCUCAUGAACUUCGAAUACAAAUAAAGCUUGUUAUGGAUUUAUACAAGCAGAUGACCGUGGAGAUACAGCCACUUGAGAAGGCAGUGUUAGAAUGUCAGCCGUCCUCAGGUAAAAGCAUGCCUGUAAAACAAUCCUGGGGCGCAGAAAAAGAUGGGAAAGUAGCAGAGUUGCUUCAACAUAAACAGCCAUCAGAACAACCUGCGGAAAGCAAAACACCUGCAUAUUUCAACUCACAGAGGAAGCUUGAUGAUGGCCAGUCCCGAAAGAGUUAUAUUGUGGGUGGUUCAGUUUUUGGUUGGAACUUCAUCACAUUUGGAGGCAGUAGCCCUGUUUAUUAUGGGAGGACGAAGGAGUCGUAUAGAAACAACCUUAAGAGGAAAAUGCCCUGAACCUGGUGUACUUCCCGUAGUAGCCGACUCUCUCAAGUAAUAACACAGAUAUGCAUAUUCCGCAGUAGCAACCUUACAGUAACCAUUUGAAGCCAGAAAAUAUUCAUUUUGUUUCAGAAAGUCGAAAUUUUUUAAUGGAAAGAAGCCAUUUGUCAUGUUACUAACAGACAAGACCAAUUUUGUCAUUAACAAGAUGGGUGGGAAUGGAUUUAGAAUUAAUCCAUAUUGCUUUCAAGAUGGGCCACGGUGCAGCUUAUUGUUU